CACCGCCGCCACUAACCACUCGACCGCAGCGCCGGCUUCCUCCCCAAACACAGUCGCCGCCGACCACCUAGUCGUCGCCGAGCACCCUUCACCGCCUCGUCCCCAUCCCCCGCGCACCCAGCGCCUGCUUCCUCCCGAGGAAUGCUGCCGGCCGCCCUCCAUCCCCACCACAACAACGACCUCCUCCACAGGUUUCCUCCCCCGAGAAGGCCUCCUCCUCCUCAAGCUUUCUCCCCCGAGCAGGGCCUCCUCCUCCACGAGCAUCCUUACCCGAGCACUAAGUUGGGCUGCCUCCUGGUUCCCUCACCCGAGCAGCGGACCUUCCUGUACGGCCCCUCUCCCGAGAAGCUCCACCUCCUCUACAUCCUCCCCCAGCUGAGAAUGACUUAUAAGUUCAUGGCAAAAGCACCAACAUCAGUACGUAACCACAAGCAAGCUGAUGGGGUAAUAAUCUUGGUAUUUAAGUCUUAG